AUGGACACCAACCAAAUAUCAGAAUGGCACAGUUCCAGAACGGCCCCCUUCUACACCGUCCCACCCCGAAACCUCGUCAGCGUCGAGCAUCCUGCCAUUAUCAAAGAUGCCGACAAAGCAAUUGAUACUCUGCAAGGCAACGCAGGCAUCUCAAAGAUCCUGAACCCCCCAAAGGCCGACACAUCGGCAAACCUCCUCUUGCGGCCGGAGGAUGCCAUGUCCCGACCUUUGCAGUCGACUAGCUCAGCGUCCAGCAACGUCCUGCUGAAGGUGACGGUGCCGAAGCGAACGGGACGCAAGAGGAAGAAGGGAUCCGAUGAGCCUUUCUCCGGAGUCGCGGUUACGACCAUCCAUCGCGAGCCACAGCGGCCCGGAGCAAGGCAUUUGCUGAGGACGCUCCGGGAUACGGAGGGCAGGUAUCAGGUUGAGCCGGUGGGGUCGAUUAAUCGCACGCAUGUGUUUCGAGGGAUGCCGGAUUUUGUGUAUUCGACCGCCGGGAGCGAAUUCAGUAAUCGGUUUCGAGAGAAAAUUUUGUCGUUUGAUUAUGAUAAGAUGAGACAAUGGGACCUGGACAUGACCAAAGGCGUCAUCUCAAACGUGGACAUCAUCCCUCCUCCAUCUUUCAGCCACGGAGACGUGCCGUUCGGCUACAUAUACCACCAAAACCCCACCGUCCGCCAAUCCGUUGACACAUCCGGCAACGUCACCACAGUGAACACGCAAACCGCCUCCAGAAUCAUGACCUUCCUCGUCCCCUACGACAUUCCCACCGUACCCUCCGCCCCGCGCGAUUCCCUCCCGGCAAUCAGCACGCUCGACAAGGGCCUCCAAGAGACCAUCUCGACCGUCCAAUUGCUCUUCCAAGACCGUCCCGCCUGGACCCGUCGCGGCCUCCGCAAUAACAUCACCUCGUCCGAACAGCGCUACCUCCUCCGCUACGCCGUCCCCUAUGUCGGAUACAUCUUCCGCUCGGGGCCGUGGCGCGACGCCAUCGUUAAAUUCGGUCACGAUCCUCGCUCUUCCCCGGAAUAUCGCAGAUACCAAACCGUCAUGUUCCGUAUCAUUCCUCGCGAGGCGGAGCUUGCGCGCGAUGGCGGCCACGGGAGAAGACAUACUUUCACUCGGCCUAACGACUCCUUUCCCUCGGGUUCCACCGUCGACCCUGUCAUCCCAGACAGCCACAUGUUCACUGGCACGUUGCCUCUCCACGUCGACGGCCGCAUCUGGAUGCUCUGCGACGUGGUCGACCCGCUCGUCAAAUCCAUCCUCUUCCCUGAAUCCUCCCCCUCCUCCCCCUCAUCCUCUCUUCCAGAAAACUUCCUCCGCCAAACCUGCGACCCAGUAACAGACGGGUGGUUCGGGAACGGCACGCUCGCAAAAGCCAAAGCCAUCAUGCGCAACAAAGUCCUCUCGCUCCUCGACGGCACCGUCUCCGAUGACGCGGACUUCGCGAAAAUCCUCCAGUUCCCGGACCAUGUGGAUUUGGAAAACGUGGUCGCGCAGUUCUCGGUGAAUCCGAAAGAGGCGAGCCCGAAGGAUUUGGCCCUCGCGACGGAGGUGAGGGCGAUGUUGAAGGGGUCUGCAAAUUGGAAGGAGAGGACGAGGGAGGCGGAGGUGGAGAUGGAGAAGGGGAAGGGGAUGGGGAUGGAUGAGCGGGAGGAUGGGGUUGGGGAGGAGGAGGAGGAGGGAGAAGAGGGUUCUGGGGCAGGGGCUGGAAAAGGGACGGAGAGGGGAGUUCGGUGGCAGGAUGGUGAUGACGAUGGACGUGGGGGAGCGGAUUCGGGGGAAGAAAGUCAAGGGGAGGAAGAAGCUAUUGAGCAGGAGGAGAUUUUGGAAGCGCAGGCAGCGGCGGCGGCGGAAUCGGUGAAUGCAGCGUUUGAGGAACGAGCACCGGCACCACAGGACGAAGAGCAGAGUUCCGAUGCGGGGGAUUAUGAUGAGAUGGAGAGGAAAAGAAACGCCAAAGGCAAAGGUCGACAGCUAUAG